AUGAGUUUGAACUUCGCGUCCGCGGCGCCGCCGGUGCCCCCGCAGAGGUCAACGUCGUUCUUCAUCGAGGACAUCUUGCUGCACAAACCCAAACCGCUCCGAGACGUCUUCCCGUCGCCCUUCAGCAGCUCCCUGGCGUCCCGGAUGCCCAUCCUGGAGUACGGAUACCCGCUGAUGCCGACCCCGAUAAUAGCGUCUCACCCGCACCACCCGCUACACAAACCGGACCACCACCACCACCACCAGUAUUUCUUCACAUCCGGGAUGCAGAUGCCGGCGUUGUUCCAGCAUCAUGCCGAGUUGCCGGGGAAACACUGCAGGCGCAGGAAGGCGCGCACCGUCUUCUCCGACUCCCAGUUGUCCGGCCUGGAGAAGCGGUUCGAAGUCCAGCGGUACCUGUCCACACCAGAGAGAGUGGAGCUGGCUACGGCCUUGAGUCUGUCGGAAACACAGGUGAAGACGUGGUUCCAGAACAGACGGAUGAAGCACAAGAAGCAGUUGAGGAAGGCGCAGGAUGACCGUAAAAACCCAGGCGAUCUGGACACCAGGUCCACGGAGAACUCGAGUGAGAGUGACGUGACCGAGAAGAGCUGCGAGGAUGUCCGGCACGGGACGGACGCGGACUCGUACCUGCUGCAGGAGAACGACGACGACGACGACGACGACGACGACGUUGAUAUCGAGGACGACGUGUGCUCCCCACAGCAGCUGCUGUUAUAG